CGAUUAGCUCGUCUGAUCCGUUCAAUCCAAGCACCUCCUGCAAGAGCUUGCAUUGUUUGGCUCAUUGCUACGCACGUAGAAAAGGUGCCAAACAUCGCACCUGAUCUCUUACGUAUACUUGCAAAGAACUUCGUAAAUGAAGAUGAAAUCGUGAAGGUGUCGUCUGAUCCCGCUUUGCGACGAGAGGCAAAUUCUCCAGAAGAGUUCAAGUAUAAUGAUGAGGAGGAGGUUGAAGAAGAGGAUGAAGAGUACGACGAGGAUGAAGAAGAAGAGGAUGAGGAAGGAGAGGAAGAGGAAGACGAAGAGGAAGAAGGAAGUGGUGAGGCUGAAGACGAAGAGACAGCUGAAGAUGGAAGCUCGGAAGAAGGAAGUGGCGAGGUGACCCUAUCUUUUGUAAUGGGGUUAGGAGAAAAAUAUAGUUUUGUUUAG